AUGCCCAUCCACGACAGCCUCGGAUAUUACAUCGGCGGCCCCAUGACCAACGGUAGUAGUUACUCCUCCAUUCAAGUUUAUGAUUCAGACCAGCGUUGCACCUUCACCGCGUUUGUGCAGGGACGGUCGUACAAUAUUAACGGCGACAGUGACGACGGGCUCGUCGAUACGGCGGCGCUGCGUUCUGAGCUGGAGGGGCAGGAGCGCCUGGCGCCCAACGUGGACCUGGUCUCGCACCCCCAGCACGGGCUGAGCGUGUUCAAGCACUCGGAGAGCUCCAACGGCUCCCCGCUGUUCCUGGACAGCUUUGUCCUAUCCGACUUUGGCCAGUCCGCCCUGAUCGGCACCAAGUCGGAGCGGGGGUUCCCCUUCUUUAGGCUCCGAGGCGACGACCCAAAGCGCGACGACUCCCACUACAAGGUCCCACUCACCGCGAUGCAGCUCAGGGACGACGCGGCGCUGCUGGCCGACACCACAAGAUGGCUAAGUACCCCGACGCGCCGCGCCAAUCCCAUGGUCCACUACACCCAGGCCCCGCGGCACUUCAACUGCCCGCGCAACUUUGAGGACAGAGUCUUCAUCAUGGAGCGGAAGGAGGCGGAAGAAAACGGAAUGCCGUUUGUCGAGUGGCGCUGCCCGUCCUCGCUGAAGCUCGACCGCUCUCGCCGCCUGCUCGCCACGGGCUGCUACGCCGACGAGACCCUCGGCGAGUCCAAGAGGACUGCUGCAGCCCCUAGGACAGCGGCCGAGAGCGAGCCCGGCGCUACGAACAAUGAAUGCAUAAUUAAACUAGGGGUACCUACAAGAGACGGCAGAAUACAGCCCCAAAAACUUGUAUUCCCGGAAACGACAGUCAUGAAAGACAAGGGAAUGCCAAGGAUGAUGGGCGUUGUCCUACCCCUGACGAAUAAAUACAGCUCUACCUAGGUAGUUUGAAGUAAUUAGACCUCCUGCCGAGUACGAAGUAUCUGGAAGCCUGAUUAGGCAGUUGUGCCGCAUUUAAU